CAAUGUGAUCCAAUUUUGCACGAUUUGGUAGUGAAACACAUGAUACAUGGACCAUGUGGAUCUUUAAGCCCUAACUCUCCGUGUAUGAACGAGCACCGUUGUGCAAAAAAGUAUCCUAAAGCUUUUCAAGAUAACACGUCCUGUGGAGAUGACGGAUAUCCAAAAUAUCGCCGUUUAUCCCCAACAGAGGGAGGUCAAACCGCAUCGCUGCGUAACUACAGUGUUGAUAAUAGCUGGGUGAUACCAUAUAACCCUGUAUUAUUAAAAGCUUUUAUUGCCGAUAUCAAUGUUGAGCUUUGUAGCUCUAUUAAGUCCAUUAAAUAUGUGUGUAAAUACAUAAAUAAGGGCAGCGAUCAAGCAACUUUUACGAUAAAUUCGAAAGAUGAAAUUCAAGAAUUUCAAUCUGGAAGAUACAUAUGCACGUCGGAAGCUCUGUGGAGAAUUUUCUCUUUUGAUAUCCAUGGUCGUCAUCCUACUAUUACUCAUCUAGCAGUUCAUUUAGAAAACGGCCAAAGGGUUUAUUUCAACGAAAACAACGUAAAUGAUAUUGUUAACAAUCCAACAGAUACGACUUUAACGGCUUUUUUUAAGCUAUGUGCGGAUGAUGAAUUUUCCAAAACUAUUACUUAUGACAAAGUCCCUGCUUAUUAUACGUGGAAUGGAUCUGCAAAAAAGUUCCAACGUAAGAAAAUAGGUACCCCUGUUCAGGGUUACGAAAACUUGAAAAAAUCAGACGCUUUGGGUAGAGUUUAUGUUGUACAUCCCAAUAAUAGUGAAUGUUUUUACCUAAGGAUGCUUUUACAUAAAGUCAAAGGCCCAACUUCCUUCCACUUUUUGAGAACUGUUCAAGGUACAACCUUGAGUUCCUACCAAGCAGCCUGUAAAGCUUUGGGUAUGUUGGAAGAUGAUUCACAUUGGGAACAAACACUACUGGAAGCAGUAGUUAGUACUUCGUCCAUUUCGAUGCGAUAUUUAUUUGCUAUAAUUUUAUCAUUUUGUCAAGUUUCCGACGCUGUUGAGCUUUGGAAUAAAUUUAAAGAAAGCAUGUCAGAAGACAUAUUGCAAAGAAAAAGAAGAGAAGCUGGUAACCGAAAUUUGGAUUACAAUCAAUUAAUUUUUGAUGAAUCUUUGUGCGAACUUAACAAAAUUGUAAUUUCUCUUUGCGGUAAAACAGUUGCCGAUUUUUCACUUGCAUUGAUAACUGACGCCAACACUAUCCAUAAUACGAUUUAUGCGAGAGAAAAAUCGUAUGAUCAACACAAACUACUUGAAAUUGUUAGACAAAAUGAAGAUAAGCUUAAUUCAGAACAAAAAAGUAUAUAUAAUUCAGUUUCGAGUUCUGUUUUUAAUCAUGAAGGCAAAAUAUUCUUUCUUGAUGCCCCUGGGGGUACAGGAAAAACCUUUCUUAUUAAUUUACUGCUGGCAAAAAUUCGAUCUUCAGGGGAAAUCGCAUUAGCUGUUGCAUCCUCAGGCAUAGCAGCAACUCUUCUCGACGGCGGAAGAACUGCUCAUUCAAUGUUUAAGAUUCCACUUAAUGUAACUGAGGAAAUAAGUAGUAUAUGCAACAUUCCUAAACAAAGCAGUACGGCUAAGCUGAUGCAAGAGUGUUCGCUUAUAGUUUGGGAUGAAGCUACAAUGGCCCACAAGUCAGGAGUGGAUGCUUUAGACAAAACAUUGCAAGACUUACGCAACAAAUUUUCGCCUAUGGGAGGAUGCACAGUACUAUUUUCUGGCGAUUUUCGUCAAAUUUUGCCCGUGGUUUCUAGGGGAACAAGGGCAGAUGAAGUAAAAGCGUGCUUGAAAAGAUCGCAGUUGUGGCAACAUAUGUAUAAAGUCCAGUUACAAAAAAACAUGAGAUUGACCUCCGGUCUGGCAAAUGAACUUUUUGCUAAAGCACUUCUCAAAAUUGGUAUUGGACAAAUGACAGACAAUAACUCUAAUGUAGACAUAAAUGAAAGCCUGUGUGUACCUGUGAAAAGCCUUGAAGGGGAAUGACUUUGGAUUGGUUUAAGGAGAGGGCUAUUUUAACACCAACAAAUGAUGAAUGUAAUGUAAUAAAUAACAUGGUUCAAUAUAAAUUUGACGCUCCUAAUAAGACUUACUAUUCGGUAGAUACAGUUCUCGAUCAAGAGCAAGUAGUUCAUUUUCCGACCGAAUUUCUUAAUUCAUUAAAUCCUUCUGGCGCACCUCCACACAAACUUAAUCUUAAACUAGGCUCACCAGUUAUUUUGUUAAGAAACCUAAAUCCCCCAAAACUUUGUAACGGCACCCGCUUGAUCAUAGUAUCUUUUAAAAAUUAUUUAAUAGAGUGUAAGAUUAUAACUGGAUGUGGAACUGGGGAAAUAGUAUUAAUACCCAGAAUACCUAUUAUUCCGACAGACUUGCCUUUUCAAUUCAGACGGCUCCAAUUUCCUUUAAAACUGUGUUUCGCUAUGACAAUCAACAAAUCUCAAGGCCAAACGUUUGAAGUCGCUGGAGUGGACUUAAGUGUCAACUGUUUCUCUCAUGGUCAGCUUUACGUUGCUUUGUCGCGAGUUACUAAUAAAAAUAAUCUUUUUAUUUUUGCUCCUAAAAAAAAAAGUGCUUAAUAUUGUUUACUAAGAAAUA